GGGUGUUCUUCCGGUGUCAUGGCGCUAAAGUCUGUGACCUGCACACGUUGCUUUGAGCCCCUCAGUUUGCUGGGCCACCUCUGUGGCUUCUACUGGCUGCACGCUGCAUGGGAAGAACUCCGGGAGACCCUGAGGCCACGCAAUGGUCAGAGUUAGUUCCAGGUUCCUUGCAUCCUGUCUCCGCUGACAGUCCCAGCCCACCUUGGCGUUUUGGGUGGGACCAGGCACAGGCUCAUCUACACCAGUCUGGGAAGAGCCAGAGCGGGUGUUGGGGAGACCCUGAUUCAGGAAGCAGUCAUCUUUGAAGAUGUGGCUGUGAAUUUCACCAUGGAGGAGUGGGCUUUGCUGAAUCCAUCCCAGAAGAAGCUCUACAGAGAUGUGAUGAGGGAGACUUUUAGGAACCUGGCUGCUGUAGGAAGACCCUGGAAUAACCAGAAAGUUGAAGAAGAGUUCAAAAAUUACUGGAGAAAUCUAAGAAAUGAAGAGGUAGAGAAAUGCUAUCAAAAUAAAGGUUGGAAUCAAUGUGAAGAAAUGUUCCUUUGGACUCCAGUUGCUAAUGUGGACAUGAAACAAGCUGCUUUAAAACCAGCUGAAAGCCUUGCCUGCAGGAAGCCCCUGAGUGAGCAUUUGUCCCUAAAUGAGCCCAUCAUAGCUCACGCUGCACUGAAGACCUCUGGGUACUUGGGAUCAGAAGGGAAGCUGUAUAAAUGGAAUGCGCGUGGAAGAACCUGCGGUGGAUUGCAGUCCUUUCAAAAGGAUUCAAGGACAAAGACUGGAGAGAUACCCUAUGAAUAUGAUCAGUGUGGGAAAUCCUACUCUGAUCUUUGUGAAAGAACUCACCUUAGAGAGAAGACUUUUAUAUAUAAGAAAAAUUUGAAAUCCUCCAGCACACCUAGUGGUGUUCAGAUCCAUGAAAGAAAUCAAAAUCUGGGGAAACCCUAUGUAUGUAAGCAAUGUGGGAAAGCUUUUACUACACAACAUUACUGUAAAAUACAUGAAAGAAAUCACACAGGGGAGAAACCCUAUGUAUGUAAGCAGUGUGGGAAAGCUUUUAGAACACAAGGUUAUUGUAAAAUACAUGAAAGAAAUCACAGAGGGGAGAAACCCUAUGUAUGUGAGCAAUGUGGGAAAGCUUUCAGUAGGCGUCAACAUCGUAAACAACAUGAAAGAUACCACACUGGGGAAAAACCUUACGCAUGUAAGCAGUGUGGGAAGGCUUUCAGCACACACAGUUAUUGUCAAAUACAUGAAAAAACUCACACUAGGGAGAAACCCUAUGUAUGUAAGCAAUGUGGGAAAGCUUUUAGUACACAACGUUAUUGUAAAAAUCAUGAAAGAACUCACACAGGGGAAAAACCCUAUAGAUGUAAGCAAUGUGGGAAAGCUUUUAGUACAAAACAUUAUUGUAAAAUACAUGGAAGAAUUCACACAGGGGAGAAACCCUAUGUAUGUAAGCAAUGUGGGAAAGCUUUUAGUACACGACGUUAUUGUAAAAAUCAUGAAAGAACUCACACAGGGGAAAAACCCUAUAGAUGUAAGCAAUGUGGGAAAGCUUUUAGUACACAUGAUUAUUGUAAAAUACAUGAAAGAAUUCACACAGGGGAGAAACCCUAUGUAUGUAAGCAAUGUGGGAAAGCUUUUAGUACACAAAGUUAUUGUAAAAUACAUGAAAGAAUUCACACGGGAGAAACCCUAUGUAUGUAAGCAAUGUCGGAAAGCUUUUAGUACACAAGAUUGUUGUAAAAAACAUGAAAGAAAUCACAUGAGAGUAACCCUAUGUAUGUAAGCAAUGUGGGAAAGCUUUUAGUACAGAACACUGUAAAAUGCAUGGAAGAAUUCACACAGGGGAGAAACCCUAUGUAUGUAAGCAAUGUGGGAAAGCUUUCAAAACACAUGUAUUGUCAAAUACAUGAAAGAAGUCUAACUGGGAAUAAACUACAUUUAAGCCUAUUUUGAAAUCCUGUGAAAAUUUCUCAUGUAAUGGAGACCUAUAGGAAUAAUACAAAAAAUUAAUUAAUUUUUAAUUAAUACAAAAACUUGAUGUCAGUAUUUCUCCAUAAAGAGAUAGCCUAAAGUACAUACAUUAUGUGUUUUUCAGUAAAUCACUUAAAUAUCUGGAUGAUAUAUCUUUGGUGUUUAAUAUAAAAUACAGAGUUGACAUAAUUAGGUAUUAUUGCUUUUUAUUGUUAGGAUUUUACCACUACCUUUCUUUUUAUUUUUGGUGUAUACUUUGUAUUCUGUGUAAUAAAAGGUAUUUUUUAAUUGGAUGACAUUUUGUAUUAAGACAUGCAUUUUCAGAGACUUGUGAACAUGUGUUUUUGACAAAGUUGAUUUGUUUUCACACAAUUUAUAGAUUAGCACGUUGUUUCUCAUAUCGUGACAAGACUCCUCCUUGUAGCCCAACAUUGUAUAUUAUAUCUUGUACAUAAUUUUGCCUAUUUUUCUUAUUUGAGCCAGUAUUAUCAUUUACAUAAAAUUUUGUUUUCUUACCAUUAAAAUCUUAUUUUUCUUGUU